AUCUAGUUCGAAUCGUGCGCUCGUGCGGAGAUGAGAUCUGCGAGGGAGCGCGUUUAAUACACGUGCCAAAAAAUAAUGUUCGCGACAUCGUCGUUUUGUUCCAAAUUUAUUAUCUCUUGUGGUUUGAUUCUAUUUAUUUCAACUUUUACAUUUACAAAUUGCCAAGAAUUUGUUUGUUGCUCGCACACCACUGGUUCCUGUAAAAACGUUUGCGAAAAGAUUUCGCUUGUGGACAUCGCAGCUAACAGCGAACUCAGAAACAGAACUAUACAGGAUGUACGAAGAUUUUGCUCUUCACAACUUAUUAUUUUAUUUUUAGACAUUUCAAAAGGCGAAUCUUGGCCGGGAAGAGCUUGCUGUCCACUUCCUCAAAGCGAAUCGUGCAAAAAAUCGUGUAUAACAGCGACUAAAAUCGAAGAUUUGAAUUAUGGGUGUCGAGGAAGCGACGAAAUCGCAUUUUUUAAUUGUUUGGAGCGACAAGAAGAGGGCGAGAAAUGUUGCGGCCAAUCCGACAAUGAAAAUUGUCGCAAAGCUUGUUUCGAUAUUUUUAAAAGUUUCGAUUCUUCUCCGAGUAAAGCUCAAAGAACGGCCGUUGCGGAACAUUGCGAAAGCACCAAAAAUUUCGAUUGCGUUAAAGAUUUAACGAAGGUUACUUUGGUUACUAAUUUACAUAAAUAUAUAAAGUGUUGUGAAUCGACGAAUAAAAUAAAAUGCAGAGAUAUUUGCAAAAAAACUUUAUCGUUGAAGUCGGGGAAUGUUCAAGAUGUUAUAACGGUUUUGGAGAAGGAAGGAUGUGGGCAGCCGUCGUUCUCGGAUUCUUUUUGGGGGUGCUUUUUAAGCGAUCACAAUAUUUCACCGAAAUCCGUUGGGGUUUCGACGAUUGAAAGAGUUGGAAUCGAUUCGGCUAAAUGGCAUUGUUGCCAAAAGGCGGUUAGCAAUCAAUGCAAAGUAUUGUGUUCGAAGACUUUCACCAAAGAUUGGAUGGUGCUUUGGAACGACUUCCAAGUUAAGUGUUUAAGGCAAUUAUCCGAAGAAAAUUUAAGAACUUGUAUCGAUGAAGUUGAUGAACCUUGCGAAUUAGGCUGCGAUGGUUUAAGUUUUUGCACAAAUUUCAAUAAUCGCCCCACAGAGCUAUUUCGUUCUUGCACCUCAAUGGCGGAUGAAUCAGCUCGAUACGACGUCCUCCAUUGGCAAGCUCAAAAAGAAAUAACCCUCCCGGGAGUCCCCGGAUUAACACUUCCAUUAAAAAAUAUUAGCAAAUGUUCCCCAAAAACGUGGAAAGCGGUCGCUUGCGCCUUACAAAUACGACCUUGCACGCGAUUAUCGCAUGGAAAUCAAAUUUGUCGGGAAUCUUGCUUGGAAAUUCUUUCGCAAUGCGUCGAUUGGGAACAAGUUUCAACCGAAUUUUCCGCAGAAACCGUUUGUAGCACUUUAUCACCAGAAGAUCCGAAUGUGUCAUGCAUUUCCUUGGAGAAUUAUUUUUAUCCGUCAGAAAACAAUUAUUUAGAAGGUCAAAUUUCAUCGCCGUGCAAAAAUGGGCCGUGUGGACCAAACGAAAUUUGUUCCAUCAAUAAAAAUUACAUUCCAAGAAAAAAUUUGCCGUACGUUUGCUCUCCCGGGUGUAAAUUGGGCGAAGUUUCCGAGUACAUGGUGCCGGAAGGCACUUAUGUAAGACUCCCGUUUCCAACUAACCCAAAGGGGUGCUUAAAAAUUUGCAAAUGCACCGCGAACGGGAUUCAAGAAUGUUUCCCGUUACCUUGCGUUGCGUUGAGUCCAUGCUGGAUGGGGCAAAUCCAAGAGAAACCGCAUGGUUCAAACUUUGCAAUCGAAUGUAACACUUGUAGUUGUUACGUAACGGAAGUUAUUUGCUCGAAAAAACAAUGCGAAACGACGAUGUUAACAGGAAGAAAUACCGCUUAUACAACGUUACCAUGUAAUUGUCCUUUACAUUAUGUCCCAGUUUGUGGGAGCAACGGGAAUAUUUAUCCAUCAGCGUGUUUAGCAAAGUGCGCCGAGCUUAAAGACUCCGAUAUUGAGUACGAGACGUGUCCGGAUCCUUGCAGAGGAAAUCCGUGUCGAACUGGAGAGAAAUGCGUCCCGGAUAAUAAAGUUUGUUUAACAUUGAUGGUGAAACCCUGCAAGCAGUAUCAAUGCAUAAAUGGAACCACAAGAUGUGAAAAACUUCGUUUCGACCCAGUUUGCGAUAUCAACAACCAGCAACAUGAUAACAUCUGCCAUUUGGCCCAUUCCAACAAAAAAUUUGCAUACAACGGACCGUGUUUGCAAAAUUGUAAUUACAAAGGCACGGUUUGCGCGAUAAACGGUCGCACUUACAUCUCCGAAUGCGCAGCUCACGCCGAUUUUGCUUCCGUGGAUUAUCCAGGGCCUUGUUUAGCUGUUGGGACAAUAACGGAUAAAAAACAAAAACAAUGUACUCAUCCUGAUAUUGAAUGUAAACAACUCUCAGAUCCUAAUUGUUUGGGAUUUACACCUCCAGGUGCUUGUUGUCCAAUUUGUGGUGGGGCUAUUAGGUUGCUUUAUUCUCGAAAACAAAUCGAUAGGGCUCUUUAUGGUUUGCAAGGUGAAAAUGAUAUUUAUCCCUUAACUCUUAAAGCUUUGUUGCAAGCUUUGGAGAGGCAAGUUCAGGUAGCGCAGUGUGCUUUAAGGGGUUAUUUAACGGUGGAAAUGGAUAUUUUUGUAAUUAUUGAAACUACAGUUUUAAAACCGAGUGAGUUACAAAUGGAAACUUGUGUUAGAGAAGCCGAAAAAUUGGUUAAUUUGGUUAAUACUCGCAGUCCGAGGUUGGUCAGUGAGUUAAGUUUGAGUUCUUUGGUUUUAGCUACUCCUGUUCAUACUCAAAAUAAUUUCGGGAUUAAAAAUGAUUUAAAUGGAAGUAUUAUUUUAAUUUUUAUCUUAUUUUGGUUCUUAAUUUGAAGAUUUGAGAUUAUUUAAGUAAGAUCUAGUCUAUGUUCUUUUAGACUGACGGUGCCAUUUGAUGAAGCGAGAUUACCGUUUUAUUUUAUUUUGUUAUUAUCAAUAGAAAAAAGAAAAAUUUAUCCAACAAAGUAGUGUUUAAAAAUAGCUCUUUCUGUGAUAUUAGGUGUUAGCUUUUUUAAUGUAACGCAUCAAAAUAUAUAGAACAACGUGUGACAAUACAACCAAAGACUUAUUUUCAAUUUGUAUUUGUACAUAUGAAAAUAAUUUGUGCCAAAAAAGUUCUACUACUUACUUGUAAUCGAUUCAUUAAUAGAUUAUAAGAAUAAUUAUGUUAAGGUUAAAUGGAUAAUAAAAAUGAACUGGUGCCAAAUACAUUAUAUAAUAUUUAUAAACAAUUUA